AUGGCCAAAGUCCUAAUUUUUGUAUUAGUUUUACUCCAAGUAAGCUCUUUGGCAGUGUUUGCUAAAGAGUUUAAUACUCCUCACUACCUUCCUCGCCAACACCCACCAACCCCAACCCCUGCUCCUGUUGAACCACCAUAUUCCUCCUUUCUUCAAUCUCUCAGUCUAGACCAGUCUCACAUUGAUUACCACCACCAUCCUCUUCCUCACCCAUCACCCCUUCCUCCUUUUAAACAACCAUCUUCUUCCCAUAUUCAAUCUCUCAGUCUAGACCACUCUCACAUUGAUUACCACUACCAUCCUCUUCCUCAUCCAUCACCCCUUCCUCCUUUUCAACCACCAUCUUCUUCCCAUAUUCAAUCUCUCAGUCUAAAUCAUCCUCACAUUGAUUACCACUACCAUCCUCUCCCACACCCAUCACCACGUGCCCUCGUACAACCACCAUCUUCCCAUAUUCAUUCUCUUCGUAUGAAUCAUCAUCACAAUCAACAUCGCCACCAUCAUCACCAUCGCCCAUCAUCCCCAACCUAUGCUCCUGUUAAAGAACCGUCUUUAUCUUAUUUUUAG